UCGGAUGGACUCGAGUGGACAGGGACAGGGAGCAGGGGACCGGCUCUAGAGACGCCAAAAGGAGGGUCCCGUCAGGAGAGUCUGGGGGUGUCUGCGCCAAAUCCGCUUCAGGGAUGUAGUCGAAGCGGCUCCGAGCUCAGCCCGCCCGAGCUCCUCAUCACCAUGAAGAAACACUCCGCCAGGGUCGCCCCGCUGUCCGCCUGCAACAGUCCGGUGCUCACCCUCACCAAAGUGGAAGGAGAAGAACGCACCAGGGAGAAUGUGGUGGGCACCACGGACACACAGACGACCGGCGGCGUGGCGGGAGCAGAGUCCGACUCCAAGAAGCGGAGGCUCCACUGCUGCAUCAGGGUCACGACGGUGCAGGUGCGGAAGGCCCUGUGGGGAGUCGCCAUGGUGAUUUGCGUGUGCUCAUCCUGGGCAGGCUCCACCCAGCUGGCCAAGUUGACCUUUAAGCAGUUUGAUGCCCCCUUCACCAUCACCUGGUUCGCCACCACCUGGAACUGCCUCUUCUUCCCCCUCUAUUACAUCGGCCACCUGUGCAAGAGUCCAGAGAGGCAGACGCCCAGACAGAGAUUCAGGGAGUGCAGCCGGUUUUUCGGGGACGACGGGCUGACCCCCAAGGUGUUCUUCACCAAGGUGGCUCCCUUCGGCCUCCUGUGGAUCCUCACCAACUACCUGUACCUGCAGGCCCUCAGAAAGAUCAACACGACAGACGCGUCGGCGCUCUUCUGCUGUAACAAGGCCUUCGUCUUCCUGCUCUCCUGGAUUGUGCUCAGAGAUCGAUUCAUGGGCGUCAGGAUAGUAGCUGCUAUCUUGGCCAUAGCCGGCAUAGUGAUGAUGACCUACGCCGAUGGAUUCCACAGCCACUCAGUCAUCGGCAUUACGUUCGUUGUGGCCUCUGCAUCGAUGUCCGCACUCUACAAGGUGCUCUUUAAGAUGGUCCUGGGCAGUGCCAAAUUUGGAGAGGCCGCUCUCUUUCUGAGCAUCGUUGGGAGCGCCAACUUUGUCUUCAUCAGCUUCGUGCCGGUCAUCCUGUAUUUCACCCACGUGGAGUACUUCGGCUCGCCGGAAAACAUCCCCUGGGCCUACCUCUGUGGGGUCGCAGGCCUGCUGUUUGCUUUCAACGUCCUGGUGAACUUUGGCAUUGCGAUAACGUACCCGACAUUAAUCUCACUUGGCAUCGUCCUAAGUGUUCCUGUAAAUGCCAUGGUGGACCUCUACACAUGUGAAAUCCAUUUCAACACGGUCCGCCUCAUCGCUGUGUUCAUCAUCUGCCUGGGCUUCCUCAUGCUGCUGCUACCGGAGGACUGGGACCAGUGUAUCAUCCAGCUCAGCACCAAGCUGCGCAAACGCGACGAGCCGGCAGAGGGCAGCGUCGAGGCGGGUGCCACCACAGGGCUCAACUGGAGAGGAAGAGCCAGGACUGCCACCUUUACACAUUGACUCCAACGAAGUGUAACGAUGCAAACACAGACAAGGGGAGGGAAACACAUUAAGCCUCUGUUGAUGUUGAUGCCCCGCCCUCGCUUUCUCGGAUACAGCUCCCUGGCCAAAAAGAUUUUGGGACUCUCCUCUGAUCAGAAAUGCCAGAGGAAUUAAUUACAUAUCAUUUAAUUGGCGUCCAGUCCUCCCGAGCUGGUGCAUGGACUCAUAUCUAUUGUACUUCUUUGUGCCCCAAACAAAUACAACAGCGGAUAUAACAUCUGAUUGAGUCAUGUGUGGAUUUUCCUGUACCUCUUAAAUCAUUCCAUCGGUUCACUACACCCUUGCGCCUGGGAAAACUUGCCAACUUGCCUGAUGACAGACAUUUUGUUCGAGGACGGCCUCACACCUUGUGGACUCGCUGGCUUUAACACACACACACAAACACACACUAGUGCACACAUUCUCGAUCCAAAGAAGCAUGCCUAAAAAUGCUGAAUGCCUGAAAACAAAAAGGGGAGGCCCUGCAGCGUGACCCCUCAGGUGUAAACUUCUGACAAAUACCUGCCUUUCGUGCACUGUACAUAGCUGUGUGUCACACCUCCUGUGUCCUGGAGCAUGUGGAGCAUCGAUGGGCUCAUCUGGUGUGAAGGGACCUGUCGGGGCAUCUGAGGAUCAAUCUGAGCCGGAGAUGCUUUCACGACACCUCGCCCUGCGCGUCCAGGAGAAGAGUUCUGGUCCUUUCUGAACACACUGAUUGGCCGCCUGUGGUUCUGUGCUUUCCCGGGGCUGAACUCCCGCUCCGUCAGUGCCGACACCCAUCGCUCAGUUCUGCAGCUUGGUCACGACAGAUCUGAAGCCAGUGUUUCAUGCGUUUUCAAUGCAUGACAAGGUUGAGCUUUGUUUAGUCAAAUAUUUGUGAGUGUCCAUCCCUGAAGCGUUUGCCUCACGUUUCCUGUUACCGAGACGCUGGCAGCAAACAAAAAUUAACCUUGCAGGUAAUUCAAGUAAUAAAUACAUUUCAAAAGCAAUGCUUCAGGUGUCCAAAUCUAAGGAUAGACUUAAAGCACUUAACAGCUCCUUUAAUAACUCUGAACAUCAGACACAGCCGUCACUGAGCCUCUCUUUGAAUUCCCGUCACAUUUAACCUUCCACGCUCACAAUCUAAUUUGCGACGGUUCGAAGUGAAAUGAUUUCAUUUCUAGGGGAAAGUAACAGAGCGGUCACGCUGCAGCUGGAGGAGAAGCCCCGCUCUUCGUCGAAGUCUCACAGCAUCUGUUUUUCUUCUGUGGUGUUUCAUGAGGCGACCGAGAUGAAUGACCCGGGGAGCUCUGGUGGACACGCUGCCUUGUUGUGAAUGUACGACCAUCACUCGAACCACACAGGCUCGCUAUCAGUUUUUUUGUUUCUUUUUUACAGUGCCAUGACGGACCCAUGCAGAGAGACUCACUAUCCUUCUUCUGCUCAUUUAACCCUGAUGCUUUUUUUUUUUUUUAAAACUCUUGACACAUCAUUGACACUUUUUUCAAAUAUUUUUUGCAUUUAAUCGGGUUAGGGUUAGGAUUAGGUAAGGCUAACUUUGAGAAACAGCUACAGGACGAGCAUGCACAAACUGUAUGAGCGGAUACAGCUGACGAGUCCACUUCACUGCCUUUUCUUUGUUUUGCUAUAUAGAGAACAUUAGCACCGUUUCCCAUUGUCAUUCUCUAUGACAAUAAAUAAUAAUAUUGUAUUCCUCUGGAAUUAUUGCUAGACAUUAAUGUAAACCUUUGUAAGGAAUGAUGAUUUUUACACUGAGAUGCAACAUAUGAUUAUCACAUUGGAGGAAGAGAUCAUUAUGAGCGUGAAUAAAUGACAGGUUUGUU